GUUGUCACCAAAAAUUCUACUUCGCGGUUGUGGCUUUCCAAGCGAUUUUUGCAAGCAAAAAUCUCGCCAGUUUUACUAAAAAACUUAAAAUUACAUGGGACAACAUUCAGUAUUAGUGUAAAUGUGUGCGUAUUAGUUAAAAUGUUUUGUGUAUUUGGCGUUAAAAUAUAAAUAAAAAGACACUGUGUACUGACGUUGAUGAGCGGGUUAAUUUUAGUUUUUUAAAUGGUUUGUAGAGGUUUAAAUUUGCUGGAUUUCACGUGGAAACCAAAUAGGAAAUGUCAGAAAACAUCGAUGAGUUGCGGAAUAUGCUAGUUACCUUCAGAGUGUCUGAGCUUCAGAUGUUAUUGGGUUUUGCCGGAAGAAACAAGUCAGGGAGAAAGAACGAACUUCAACAGAGGGCUCUCGAGCUUCUUAGGGUCAGAUCGCAUCCUAUCCACCAGAAAAUCAGGGACCUAUACAAGACUAUACAGCAAAGCGGUACACUUACAGGGGUCCAAGCUUCAGCCCCAUCGCCGAAUAACAACAAAGAAAUACCGCCCAGUAACUCGGCGCCCGCCACAGGUGCCGCCAACAUGCCGCAAACGCAGGGCAAUGCCCGCUCCACCGCCACAGUGCAUCCCUAUAAUGUGGACACCAGGCAAAUGGCUGCAAGAAAUCAACAAAUGUACCAACAAAACAUGUACUCCCCCUACCCAUCGUUCUCUAGCAAACAGCCAAUCCAAAACAACUACCCCAUACAACCUGACGUGAAGUUUCGCAGAUUGCCCUUCUUCGACGUUCUGGCAGAUCUCUUGAAACCCUCCACUCUGGUGCCGAGCAGCAACUCGCGCAUCCAAGAGGGCACGUUUUACUUCCACCUCACCCCGCAACAGGCCACCGACGUUGCCAGCUCCAGAGACAUAAGGCCCGGGGUGAAGUGCGACUACAUCAAGCAAGUCCAGAUGAGGUUCUGCCUGCUGGAGACCACUUGCGAGCAGGAGGAUUACUUUCCGCCCAACGUGAUGGUGAAAGUUAACAACAAACUGUGCCCGCUACCGAACCCCAUACCCACCAAUAAGCCGGGCGUGGAGCCCAAAAGGCCGCCGAAGCCGGUGAACAUCACGCAGAUGGUGAAGUUGAGUCCCACGGUCGGUAACACUAUCACGGUGUCGUGGCAGGCCGAUUACACCCGAGGAUACGCGAUCACGGUCUGUCUUGUUCACAAAUUGACUUCGUCGGAUUUGUUGCAACGGUUGAAGAAUAAAGGAGCCAAGCAUUCCGACCACACUAGAGCGCUAAUCAAGGAAAAACUGACCGACGACGGUGACUGCGAGAUCGCAACUACCAGCCUCAAGGUGUCGCUGAUGUGUCCGCUAGGAAAAAUGCGCAUGACGACUCCGUGCCGCGCCAUCACGUGCACGCACCUCCAAUGUUUCGAUGCGUCGUUGUUCUUGCAGAUGAAUGAGCGCAAGCCCACGUGGAGCUGCCCCGUUUGCGACAAGCCCGCCCUCUACGACAACCUCGUCAUCGAUGGGUAUUUCAUGGAAGUUUUGCAAUCCGGACUGCUUCCCAACGAUGUAAACGAAAUUCAGUUGCUCAAAGACGGUUCUUGGAGCGUUCAGGCUGCAGAAAAGAAGCCGCAAAUUCAAGCUGUUAAAACUCAGAGCAUCGACGAUUCCAUUGAAAUAAUUGAAGAUGGAAUUGAAAUUGUUUCGGCCUCAAGUUCCACCCUGGAAAAGCUAAAAAAAGAAGAGCCCGUGGAGAAAAAGGAACCGACUGAACUACCGAAAAAAGACGUUGUAGAUCUCACACUGUCAGAUUCUGAUGAUGACGAACCGCUGGCGAAACGUCGCGCUGUGAAUCCGAAGCCGGAUUCGACUAUCAAGUUUUCCGACACAAACAGCAUUUCGUCUAGCAGCAACCAAAGCAGGGUGACCACCACACCAGGCCCCUCUUCCGUAUCCAGUUCCGGAUAUCCGGUCAGCCCCAACGUCAUCAAUCUUGACAGCCCCUCUCCCCCAAGGUCUCCCUCAGCACAAGGCACGUCGGCGGAGAGCGCCCCUCCUCCAGAGGCGCCCGCGGCGAGCGCUCCCGCCUCCUGCAUGAUGGCGACCACCAACGGCAACGCCGCUAAGCCGCUGUUGCCGUUGUAUCCGGGCGAUGCGCCCACCUACUUGGAUCUCGAAAACAGUGAGCUGUCAAAUAGCACGCCCAUAGGCAGUGACGGACAAUUUUUUUAAUUUAAUUUACGAGAUAAUCUCCUAUGCAGUAUUUUUUGUGUAAAUACUGAUAUUAGUAUAAUAAUUAUUAUUAUCAAUAGUUAAGUGCGGGUUAAUUUAAAAGUGUAAUAGACACGACUGGAUUAUUUUAAUUGCUAAGUGUAUUUAUUAUUUUUCUAGUGUUACGUCAUUCCAAGAUACUAUCGGACAAAAAUAUUUUUUUAUUUAGAGUUUCGUUAAAUUGACAAAAAAAAUAGCAGUUGCAAUAUAUUUUUUAGGGUAGUUAGUGGGUGCUGGCGGAACACACCCAAGGAGUUUAUUAUCUCGGUAAAUAUAUUAUAUAUAAAUAUAUAAUUGCUACGUUAAAAAGUUUAUUACAAAAGUUAUUUAUGAACAUAUUUCCUACAACUUUAGUUUUCGUAAUUUGAAUAUUUAAAAAGUUCCACAUUUCCAAACAAAAAAAUUGUAGAGCUACAAGCUAAAUAGCUUUUUUGACCUCUUAUAGUUUGGUUGUAAAAUCUAAAAAAAAAACCUGUCAGAAGGAACAUUCCGGUGGCACCCACUACCCGGACUUAAAAUUACAUAGAGGCAAUUUAAAAACAUUUCGUUACCAUUUUGUAUUCUUUUCGGAUUUUGGUACAAAUGUAAAUAACUAAAUUAUAGUUAUUUUUACGAAAGAGCUGUAUAUUAGCCAAGUAUUUAGGUAGUAUAUUUUGUACAUGACUUAUGGCUUAGUUUAAAGCCUUAUUUAUACAUUGCCUUCCUUCCUUCCUCCCGUAAAAGAUAAAAAAUUCGAAAAUCGUAGUAGAUUCCCGUAAGGGAAUCUA